AUGCCCAACAUCAAUGCCUUGUCUGUUUCAUCUGAAGCUCCAUUGUCUAAAAGAGAUAAGCUUCUUCUAGAAUGUAAGUUGUUUUCUUACAGUGUCGCCCAAUCAGACCUGAAAGGUACAUUGUUAGAGGCCGAUCUGUCAAAUUUCGAUUUUUUCAACUUUGUAUGUUAAAAAAUAUUGUUCCGCAACUUAACCUGACACUUGAAAACCCAUAUUGUUUUAGGUGCGACAUGCUGGGCCUAUCGCGCGAGUGGAUACAACUCUUUAGACCCAUCGUCUGAAGGUUUUAGCAUCAAAAUGCUGUAUAGCUUUGUUAAAGCCGUGGACGUUGAUAAGGACACGGACGUUUCUCGUUUUAAAGCAAUUUACUGUGGAUACCUAACUCAUUUGGGCAAGGACGAAAUUGCCAAAAGUUUGGAACAAGCAGAAAAUCACGUACUUGAAGGAUUGAGAGAAGUUGUAAUGGAUGAAGUUUCAAUCAUACAGUAUUCUACCCUCUACAAUAUUAUUGUGAGUACAAACGAAAGUGCUGUUGACAGUAUUAUUAACUGUACGAGCAUGGUUAUGUCCAACAGCAAUUCCUUGACUACUUCAUCUGAAACUUCAUUGUCCGAUAGAGAUAAGAUCCUUCUGCAAUGUAAGUUGUUUUUGUAAUUUAAAAAAAUUGUUUUACACUUUAAAUAGACAUUUUAAAACUCAUAUUGUUUUAGGUGCUACAGGCAUUGCCUAUUUCUGGCGUAAAGACAACUGUUUAGAUCCAGUAUUGGAAGAUUUUGGCAUCAAAAUGCUGUAUGCUUUUGCCAAAGCCGUGGACGUUAAUAGAGACCUGUCUAUCCCUCCUUAUAAGUCGACUUAUUGUGGAUAUUUAAGACAUUUGGGCAAGGACGAAAUUGCCAAAAGCUUGGUAAAAGUGCCGAAUCACGUAUUGGAAGACCUGAGAGAAAUAGUGAAAAAUGAAGAUAAAAUCAAAGAGUAUUCUACCCUCUACAAUAUUAUCGUCAAUACAAACAAAAGUACUAUGGACAGUGCUAUUAAAUGUACGGGUUUCAAUUCUUUAAAAUAAAAGCCAUAUUUAAACGAACAAUCUCACUACUAUCUUUCUUCCACUGUUUCUAUUCUACAUCUUAUAAUGUGUUGUGUUAGAACGUACCAAUAAACUUGAAAUAUAGAUACGUUGGAAGUUAGGUUCGAGAAUUGCAUGAAACUAUAAACUAUUAAAUAACAAAAAUCACAUAUUUUUUAAAUAUACAUCCUUCAUCUGUUCAAAUUUACCAUUUUUAUUCCAUAUUAACAUUGAUUGAUCUAAUGAUGAACAUUAACGUCCAAUUCCUUUUACAAAUUUUAUUUUAUGCCAUCUUGACUUUACACAAGCCGUAUCAGUAAAAAACAACGAUUAAAAUGGUACCAAAAACGUCUAUUUAUAUGAAAUACUUUCUCAUAUUGAAAAGCUUAAUUUCCGAUAUUAUAGUAGGCCAUCAGAUCAUUUUAGUUUUAAAAAUACUUUUACACUUUCGCUUUCGGUAUAUAGUUGAGUCUUUUAUCAAAAAUUACCAUUUUCGUUAUGAUCUUGUUACAUCAAACCUAAAAAAUGGGAAAACAAUAAGAAAUACUUACCAAGACUCUCCCCAACUCUGCCUCUAAUGUACAACAGCUAACAAGAUAUUAUACGGAAAAAUUGGCUAAAACAACACUUUUGACUGUGUAAUAAGUUGAUAACUUAUGGAAUCGAUUACGAAUCUCUACUUUGACUGAUCGGUGGCGUGCCCUUCCGCUCCCUAUCACCUAUACCAUCAUAAGUUCAUUCACUAUUUGUGGUCGGCAAAAGCAAUUCGGUUCGUUAUGAUUAUGCCCAACAUCAAUGCAUUGUCUAUUUCAACUGAUGCUUCUAUGACCGAUAGAGAUCGGAUGCUUCUAAAAUGUAAGUUUUUUUAUUACAAUACACUGCACCCGAAACCGUCUAGAAUGUCUUUUUAGUGAUUCGUUAAGACAUAUUUCUGCACUGAAAAAUGUUUUUGUUACCUAAAUUCACAAAAGGUUGAUAUCUUUGAAAAAAGUGAAUAUACUUUUAAAAAAUGAUAAUGUUUAACAAAAGAUAUGCUUAUUAACCUAAUUUAAAAACGUUGUUACCUAAAAUAGAGAAAUAAUACGUUUUAUUGUCUAAAAAUAAACUUUAUUCAAGUUCGGGUGCAGUGAAAUAGUGUAUAAAAAUCAAAAGCCCGGCCCGUGGGCGGGACUGAAAAAUUGUGCCCGGCUCCUUCACAGGUCUACAGCCAAUAAUGAAUCACAUGGCACUAAAUUCGAAACAAAUUUCUUUUUUUUCAAAUUUGUUACCUAUAAAUAUAUUGUUUUACAUUUUUAACUGCCAUUUUAAAACCCAUGUUCCGUAUCUUGAACUGCCAUUUUAAAACCUAUGUUCCGUAUCUUGAACUGCCAUUUUAAAACUUAUGUUCCGUAUCUUGAACUGCCAUUUUAAAACCUAUAUUGUUUUAGGUGCAUUAUGCUCAGCCUAUCUCGCGCGUACACCCCCGCAUAACUAUUUGAGCCCAUGGUAUGAAGGUUUUGCCAUCAAGAUGUUGUAUGGCUUUGCAAAAGCUGUGGAAAUGAAUGUUAUCACUUCGGACGUUGAUUAUAAAUCUCUGUAUUGUGGAUAUUUAAGACAUUUGGGAAAGAACGAUAUUGCCGGAAACUUGGAAAAAAUGCAAAUUGAGGUAUUUGAUGGCUUGAAAGAAGUUGUGGAAAAGGAAGAUAGAAUCAAACAGUUUUCUGCCCUCUACGAUAUUAUUGUUAAUACAAACAAAAGUACUGUUGACAGUACUGUUAACUCGAUGAUUUCCAAAUCUUCAUCGACUUCCAAGUCUUCAUGA